AUGCCCAAGUUUAAUGUCAAGGAGGUGGAUCUGCCCCCGUUCGAGAUAACCCCCGAGCGUAGAGUAGCUCUGCUGGCUGAGGUGGACGCAGUCGUGCAAAAUACUCUCGAGCUGCGAAGUGCCUUUGCAGCGGGCGGACGGCAGCUUGACACGUCCGCUUGGAAGCUCGUCAAAACCAUGGACGACGUCCGCGCGUACCGCUCGCGUCGCGCACUGCACGGCAUCGCGGAUAAUACCGAUUCACGCGCCGACACGGCUGACGUCGUCUCGAGAUCUUCCUCGUCAAACUCCAGCUCGCAGCGAUCAACUAUGGACAAGAUUGCUAGCCUCGUGUCGUCUACCUCAUCAGGUAGCGAAAACCAGUUCCGCAAACAGAAGAAGUCGGCCCGACCACCUGCCGUCGUCAUCUCCGGUGUCAUUGAUGGGACGGCGGAGGACGCGGCGUUGGGUAUGCUCGCCGACACGGAGAUGAACGCCAAGAUGCGCGAGUCAUAUCUGGGCACGGAGCUCGAAGACGCGCGUCUGCUUGCUGUGCUAAUACGCCCGACACCUGAGCACCCACUCAACUUCAUCGGCCUCAAGUGGGGCUUGCAGUCGUAUGGCCGUUUCAGUCAGGCCCGCGACUUCGUGUUUCUGGAGGGCUCCGCUCUCACGACCGAUGCCAAGGGGGAGGUCGUGGCGUACGGCAUCCGCCAGUCUGUCGACGUGUCCGACAUCAUUAAUCUGCCGCGUCCGCCGAACACUAUUCGUGGCAACAUGUCCGGCUGUCAGACGUUCGGAAACAGGACUGAGACGAGUGCUUCGCGUCACAACACGGUCGAGCAGUUCUCACGUGCGUUCCUUGAGAUGGAUGGCGACCUCCCUGUCAGCGUGGCGGCUGCUGCGUAUGCGGAGAAGCUCAUGGCCCUUUCCAUCAGUAUGGAGUGCGCCAAUGGUCACAAACUUACGUGGUUGAUGAAGCAGGCAACGAAACAGGUGCGUCCCGGCACCGGCAGCGUUUUGAGCCGCAUGACAACAACCAGCCAUUGCGCUAACUGCACACGCAGCCUGAGCAAGUUCAGUACGCUGGUGCUGCAGCGUGGCGGCACGUGUCAGAUCUGCCGCCGUGUGCUCUGUAGCAAGUGCUCCGUGAGUAAGAAGAUCUGUGUGGGGCUUGGCACUGAAGUUCUGCAGAGGUCGAUGCUCUUCUGCCUGUCGUGUCUGCUGGAGGCCAAGUCCCUCCCAGCACGGAAUGUGGCCAUCGAUAAGCUCAACUGGUAA